CUGAAACUCACUAUGUAGCCCAGGCUGGUCUUGAAAUCACCGUGAUCCUCCUGCCUCAGCCUCGAGUAUGAACAUGGGUUUUAUAAUUAGGACAAAUACAGUGAGCUUGCUGGUUGAUGGGACAAUCCAGGAUCAGCCCAGAUGUGUAGGAGACAGGGUACUCAGGACAGCUGUGCCCAGAGGAAAACCAGCCCCAGGCUGGUGGUGUGGAUGGCAGAUAUGCCAGAAGCUGGGGACAUUUGGGCUAGAAAAGAGGGUGCUGGGGGAGAUGAGAACACGUGAAUCAGGAACAGUACAGGCUGUGGGCCAGCACUGAAACCUGUUAGAUGGCUGGUUGAGUACAGAUCCUCAAAGAUUCAAGCAAUUCUGCCUUUCUGCACAGAGAGGAAGGCCUGGUUUGCCACACCCAGGCCAAAGCCACGUUUGAACAGUGGGUGGGUGGCCAGAAACUGGCUUGGCCCAGCCUCCAGUGAUCUUAGGGCAGUCCAGGAGGAAGAUCAAUUAUGGCCCAUGGCAACUUCAUGUGGAGGUGCCCUCUUCCUUUUCUCAGGUGGUAUCUCCCUAUCCCCUUCCCUAGUUGCCCUGUAAGGACAGGGUUGGACGCCAUACUGCAGGUAUCCCAGCCAGAAGGAGCAAAAUGUGAUGUAAUAUGUCCGAGGAUACAAGUGUGCGCCCCUGCUGUGGAGCAGGCAGAACAACCUGACCCCAGGCUCAGCAUACUUACUGAGUCUAAUGACUGCCCCACCCUGCUGCACCCUGCCCUGCCCUGCCCUGCCCUGCCCAGCAGGAUCCGCAGGACAGAGUCCUCAGGCAUUAGGCUCUCAGAUUCCCACUCGAGCCACACCUUACAGGGAGGGCUCAGGGUCAGAGGCUGGUGACACACAACCCCCCCACCCCCGCCAGAAGGCAAGUCUCCCUUGGGUCAAGCCCUUCCCCUAUAUUGCCACCUAGGUAGAGAUAAGGCCCAGGGGUCAAAAGCUGGAGACAAACCAGCAGGGUGGAUCAGGACUGGAAAGCACAGCCCUUCCCCAACCCUCAUUGGGCCCAGAGCUCAGGAUAUUCCCCCUACUUCCUCCAGACCCAAGAGGCCCACCAGGUGGUAGCUGGGACAAAGGUCCCACCUUCUCUUCCUGUUUGUCUCCUGGGGCUUUGGUCACUUCCUGGAUAUUUUCCCUGGAGGGCUGGUGGUGGGGAGUAUGACUCAGCAAGCACCUGCUGGAUUCCUUCCUACUGCCGCCCAACCUGAGCCCAAGACCACAGCCUAGAACUUAGCAAGAGCCCUCAUUCCAGGUCCAGCUCCAGCCACAACGCUCUGGGGAUUUUAUCUGCAGUCGGGGUCGGGGUGGGGGUCUGCUGGGAUGGGAUAGAGGCACCAAGUACUCUGGGGCUCCAGCAUGGCGAUCCUAAUGCAGCUCACGCUGGGGCCACUGCUGGCCAUGCUGAUGGUGAUGGUGACGAUGGCCCAGCCCACCCAUCUGCUGAGCUUGCUUACCUCAGGCCAAGGCGCUCUGGAUCUGGAGGCACUGAGCAGCCUGUUAAAUACACUGGCGGACCGUGUGCACUGCGCCAACGGGCCGUGUGGAAAGUGCCUGUCUGUGGAGAAUGCCUUGGCCCUGGACAAGCCAGAUAAGCCAGAGCUCACCCCAGCAAAGGUUCUGCAGUCAGGAUUCAUCGUGCGACUCAGCGCUGCCAUGGCCCUCUACCUUAGUAAUCCAGAGGGCACAUGUGCAGACAUCCAGGCCGGCCGCUGGGCCUCUCGUGCUGACCACUUCCUGGCCCUGCUUGAAAGUCCUGAGGCCAUGACCCCUGGCCUGAACCAGCUGCUCCUGAGGAUCAAGGCCCAUGAUCUCAGGCAGCCCACUGGAGAGAAGACUUGUGUAGAAGUCCCUCAGCUGCUGCAGGAGGUGGUGGAAGCAGGGGCUCCCAGCAGUCCUGGCCCAGUCCUGGCUGCCCUCCUGGACCAUGUCAAGAGUGGAGCCUGCUUCCAUGCCCUGCCGAGUCCUCAGUACUUUGUGGACUUCGUGUUUCGGCAGCACAGCAGUGAAGUUCCCAAUAUGACCCUGGCUGAGCUGGAGGCUUUGAUGCAGCGCUUGGGGGUGGGUGGAGAGGCCCAUGGUGACCACCAUGACCAUGAUGACCACAGCCAGCUGGGCAGAGAGGCCAAUCACCAGGACCUUGUGCCCCUUGAUGCCCUCAACAACAGCUCCAGCGUAUGGGACACGGUAUGCCUGAGUGCCAGGGAUGUGAUGGCUGUGUAUGGGCUCUCUGAGCAGGCUGGGGUGACCCCUGAGGCCUGGGCUCAAAUUAGCCCUGCCCUACUCCAGCAGCAGCUAAGUGGGGCCUGCAACCCCCAGCCCACAUCCCCUACCCAAGACCAGCUCAGCCAGGCAGAGAGGUACCUGUACAGCUCUCUGGCCACGCUGCUUAUCUGCCUCUGUGCAGUGUUUGGACUCCUGCUACUGACCUGCACCAGCUGCAGCACAGUCACACACUAUGUCAUGCAGACCUUCCUGAGCUUGGCUGUAGGUGCACUCACUGGCGACGCCCUGCUGCACCUGACACCCAAGGUACUGGGACUGCACACACACGGCCAUGGCACAGAGGACUUCAUGCACCAAGAGGGUGUGGGCCCACAGGCCACCUGGCGCCUACUGGCCAUGCUGGGAGGCCUCUACCUCUUCUUCCUGUUUGAGAACCUCUUCAACCUCCUGCUGCCCAGAGACCAGGACCCAGAAAAGGCCGGGCCCUGCACUCACAGCAGCCACAGCCAAGGGGGCCACAGCCACGGAGUAUCCCUGCAGCUGGCACCCAGAGAGCUCCGGCAGCCCAAGCAGCCCCAUGAGGGAUCCUGCGCGGACCUGAUAGCCGAAGAGAGCCCAGAGCUACUGCAUCCGGAGCCCCGGAGGCUGAGCCCAGAGCUGAGGCUGCUGCCAUACCUGAUCACGCUGGGCGAUGCCGUGCACAACUUCGCGGAUGGGCUGGCCGUGGGCGCGGCCUUCGCAUCCUCCUGGAAGACUGGGCUGGCCACCUCCCUGGCUGUGUUCUGCCACGAGCUGCCACACGAGCUGGGGGACUUUGCUGCUUUGCUGCACGCGGGUUUGUCGGUGCGGCGCGCUCUGCUGCUGAACCUGGCUUCGGCGCUCACGGCCUUCGCCGGUCUCUACGUGGCGCUCGCGAUCGGAGUCAGCGAGGAGAGUGAGGCCUGGAUACUGGCGGUGGCUACCGGCCUCUUCCUCUACGUGGCGCUCUGUGACAUGCUGCCCGCCAUGCUGAACGUGCAGGACCAGCGGCCCUGGCUGCUCUUUCUGCUACACAACGUGGGCCUGCUAGGCGGCUGGACCAUCCUGUUGCUCCUGUCGCUGUAUGAAGACAACAUCACCUUCUCAUAGCUCUCUCCCAGUCUGCAACCCUUGACUGCCUCCUGGCCCUAGGCCAUCUCAAAUUUUCUGAACUGCCCAGGGGCGGAAGUUGCCCUGCUCAGCUUUCCUUUCAAUAAAGAUGCUCCCAC